AUGCUGUCGGACAAUGAGAUGGGUUUGGUAUUAGCUGUAUCGUCGAGUGUAUUCAUAGGUUCAAGCUUCAUUUUGAAGAAGAAAGGUCUCAAACGUGCUGCUGCUAAUGGCACCCGAGCUGGAUUUGGAGGUUAUACAUAUUUGCUAGAGCCACUUUGGUGGGUAGGCUUGGUGACAAUGACUUUUGGAGAAAUUGCCAACUUUGUGGCUUACGUUUAUGCACCGGCUGUAUUAGUCACCCCUCUUGGUGCAUUAAGUAUUAUCAUCAGUGCUGUUUUGGCACAUUUCCUACUAAACGAAAAACUUAGAAAAAUGGGAGUUUGGGGAUGUGUUUGUUGCAUCGUGGGUUCGGUUAUGAUCGUCAUUCACGUGCCUCAAGAACAGACUCCGAAUUCUGUUGAAGAAAUCUGGAAACUAGCAAUGCAACCAGCUUUUCUAAUUUACGUAGCCAUUUCUAUGUCGAUUGUCCUGGCUUUGAUUCUGUACUGUGAACCUAUCUGCGGCCAAACCAACAUUCUUGUUUAUAUCGGAAUAUGUUCUUUGAUGGGUUCUCUCACAGUAAUGAGCAUAAAAGCCGUGGGGAUUGCGAUAAAGCUAACAUUAGAGGGGAUAAACCAGAUUUGGUAUCCAGAGACUUGGUUUUUUAUAAUGGUUGCAGCAAUAUGUGUCAUUAUGCAAAUGAUUUACCUGAACAAGGCGCUGGACACGUUCAACGCAGCAAUUGUGUCUCCAAUCUACUAUGUAAUGUUCACAACCCUUACAAUUGUUGCUAGUGCGAUCAUGUUCAAGGACUGGUAUGGGCAAAACACAGACAGUAUAGCCUCUGAGAUUUGUGGAUUCAUCACUGUACUUACAGGAACUGUUAUACUUCAUGCCACACGAGAAGAGGAACAAGCUUCGUCAGGAACAAUAAGAUGGCAUGAUUCAACAAAGAGCUUUAACGAAGAACAUCUCAUAAGUUUGUACAGUCCUGAGUAUUAG